UUGUCACCAUCAUCAAAAUUCACACACACACCCCCCCUCCCCCUAGAAAAUAUUUAGACGAGAGAGAGAGCGAGAGAGAAGGGCUAUGGAGAAUCAUCAGGCGGUGGAGGGAGAGGAGGAAGAGGACGAGGUGAGGCCCAUGGCGGAGGAGGAUGGGGCGGUGGUGUCCAGCUUGACCAUGGAGAGGGUGGCUGCGGCCAAGCAGUUCAUCGAGAGCCAUUACAAAGCGCAGAUGAAGCACAUCCAAGAACGCAAGGAGAGGCGCUCAGUGCUGGAAAGGAAGUUGGCAUCUUCAGAUGUAUCACAGGAGGAACAAAUCAAUCUACUGAAGGAUUUGGAGCGCAAAGAGACUGAAUAUAUGCGUCUUAAAAGACACAAGAUUUGUGUUGAUGACUUUGAACUUCUGACCAUUAUUGGGAGAGGGGCCUUUGGAGAGGUUAGAUUGUGUCGGGAGAAGAAAUCAGGCAACAUUUAUGCCAUGAAAAAGCUGAAGAAGUCUGAAAUGGUCAGCAGGGGACAGGUUGAACAUGUUAGAGCUGAAAGAAACUUGCUUGCGGAAGUUGCCAGUCAUUUCAUUGUGAAACUCUAUUAUUCCUUUCAAGAUGCUGAAUACUUGUAUCUAAUCAUGGAAUAUCUUCCUGGUGGUGACAUGAUGACUUUGCUCAUAAGAGAAGAAACUUUGACCGAAACUGUUGCUAGAUUCUAUAUUGCUCAAAGUGUUCUAGCUAUAGAGUCUAUCCAUAAACAUAACUACAUCCACAGAGAUAUAAAACCUGACAACCUCCUGUUGGAUAAAAAUGGUCACAUGAAGCUCUCUGAUUUUGGCCUUUGCAAGCCUCUUGACUGCUCUCAUUUAUCAUCCAUAAAUGAAAAUGAAGUCCUGGAUGAUGAUAAUUUGAAUGAUACAAUGGAUAUUGAUGGAUGCUUUCCAGAUAGUAAAACUGGGAGGCGUUGGAAAAGCCCCCUCGAACAACUUCAGCAUUGGCAGAUGAACAGGAGGAAAUUGGCAUAUUCAACAGUUGGUACGCCAGAUUAUAUUGCUCCUGAAGUACUGCUUAAAAAAGGCUAUGGUGUGGAGUGCGACUGGUGGUCACUUGGUGCAAUAAUGUAUGAGAUGCUCGUUGGCUAUCCCCCAUUUUAUUCUGAUGACCCAGUAACAGCUUGCAGAAAGAUUGUGCAUUGGAAAAAUCAUUUAAAGUUUCCAGAGGAGGCUAGAUUGACACCUGAAGCGAAGGAUUUGAUCUGUAGAUUGCUAUGUGAUGUUGAACAUAGGCUUGGCACUGGAGGGCUGAACCAAAUUAAAAGUCAUCCCUGGUUCAAAGAUGUUGUGUGGGAAAAACUCUAUGAAAUGGAGGCAGCAUUUAAGCCAGAGGUCAAUGGGGAACUUGAUACACAAAAUUUUAUGAAAUUUGACGAGGUAGAUCCUCCUACACAAGCAAGAACUGGAUCUGGACUUACGAGGAAGAUGCUUUUGACUCCUAAAGAUCUCAGUUUUGUUGGCUAUACUUACAAGAAUUUUGACGCUGUCAAAGGGUUGCAUAAUUCUGGUGGUUUGAGGAGCACGUCCCCAAUUAUAUCAUCCACCGGUUCUUUCCACAGUGAUUCUGCAGUGGAUUACUCUGCCGAUGACAGAGAAACAGAGAUGCUCGUGUCAUCAGAGGAUGCCAUGUCACAGUGAAGAGCUCCCGACAGAAAAAUGUAUGAGAGCCCUGUUAUGAAGGUGAAUUGAAUGAUUCAGAAAUGGCUUCUCUUAGUAGAAGAAUGAUGGUGAAAUUAAACCAACCAUGGAGCCAAAUUUCAACACUCCCGAUAUCUAGACCCAGGUCCUUGACAGCCCAUUUUCACCUCCCUCAUUUUUUGGUACUGGUUUUUAUCUAUUUCUGUUACUUGUGUUAGGGUGGUUUUUGCUAUGUUUCCUCUGUUACCUCCCUUGUCUUGGUGUUCUGAAUUUACUUGGUGGGAGAAAUGGGAACAAAAAUUGUGAAGGAAAGAAAAUAGGUGUGAGGAGAGAUAGAGAUGAUUUCAUGGAUUCGUUUGAUUUUAAGAUCUGACCCAACCCAAAUGUCCAAGUCGAGUCGGUUUGAGUUGGUAUGGUACUGUUCACUUGACCGAGUCAGGUCAAGCCCAAACCUAGUUAGACCAAGUCGGCCCUAAUUGGUGGGACCCACCGCUUUAUCAAAUUUUUAAAAAGUUCUAUUUCAUCUCA